AUGGGUCUUGAUAUAUGUCAGCCAUCUCACGAGUCAGUCACCCAUCUCACGAGUCAGUCACCCAUCUCACGAGUCAAUCACCCAUCUCACGAGUCAGUCAGCCAUCUCACGAGUCAGUCAGCCAUCUCACGAGCCAGUCAGCCAUCUCACGAGUCAGUCAGCCAUCUCACGAGCCAGUCAGCCAUCUCACGAGCCAGUCAGCCAUCUCACGAGCCGUCAGCCAUCUCACGAGCCAGCAGCCAUCUCACGAGCCAGUCAGCCAUCUCACGAGUCAGUCAGCCAUCCGAGCCAGUCAGCCAUCUCACGAGCAGUCAGCCAUCUCACGAGCCAGUCAGCCAUCUCACGAGCCAGUCAGCCAUCUCACGAGUCGUCAGUCAGCCAUCUCACGAGCCAGUCAGCCAUCUCACGAGCCAGUCAGCCAUCUCACGAGCCAGUCAGCCAUCUCACGAGUCAGUCAGCCAUCUCACGAGCCAGCCAUCUCACGAGUCAGUCAGCCAUCUCACGAGCCAGUCAGCCAUCUCACGAGCCAGUCAGCCAUCUCACGAGCCAGUCAGCCAUCUCAACGAGCCAGUCAGCCAUCUCACGAGCCAGUCAGCCAUCUCACGAGCCAGUCAGCCAUCUCACGAGCCAGUCAGCCAUCUCACGAGCCAGUCAGCCAUCUCACGAGCCAGCAGUCAUCUCACGAGCCAGUCAGCCAUCUCACAGUCAGCCAUCACGAGCCAGUCAGCCAUCUCACGAGUCAGUCAGCCAUCCACGAGCCAGUCAGCCAUCUCACGAGCCAGUCAGCCAUCUCACGAGUCAGUCAGCCAUCUCACGAGCCAGUCAGCCAUCUCACGAGCCAGUCAGCCAUCUCACGAGCCAGUCAGCCAUCUCACGAGCCAGUCAGCCAUCUCAGACUAA